AAGUUCAUGUGUAACGAUGAGAGCUGCACAGGCCAGACCUUUGGUCGCCCGUCUGAGCUGAGGCGGCAUCACACCACGCUUCAUGCCACCAACAAGCCCAACUUCUGGUGUCACGACCCAACUUGUCCUCGCAGCGUGGAAAGAGGUGGCGAGGCUUUCCACAGAAAAGACAAGCUAGCGGCGCAUGUCAACAGCAUGCACUCUUGA